UUCUACGGCCAGCUGUUUCUGUCCGUCCACGUCUCGUCUACCUCCAUAGACUGUAUAUAUAUAUAUAUAUAUAUCUUGUUAUUAGUCUAUGUCCAAAUCUUCUUUCCAUUUGAACGACUUUGUUCAGACACAUUGAUUGAAAAUGUCAGAAGGACUGCGGUCAGAGCUGGAGAAAUACCUGGAGACUUUAAACAUCCAGACGAGCUGCGUGGAGCACCCGCCGGUGUUCACAGUGGAGGAGAUGAUGCCUCACCUAACAGAGGUGAGCGGCGCUGUCACUAAGAACCUCUUCCUGAAGGACAAGAAGAAGAAAGGCCUGUGGCUGGUGUCUGCACGCCACGACCGCCAGGUGAAUCUCAACGACCUCGCCAAGAAGCUCGGUGUCGGCAGCGGCAACCUGCGCUUUGCAGACGAGGCAGCCAUGUUGGAAAAACUCAAGGUGGGUCAAGGCUGUGCCACGGCUCUCGCUCUGCUCUUCGAUAAGGAUCAGAGUGUGAAGUUUGUCCUGGACCGGGACCUGGUGGAGGGAGGUCACGAGAUGGUCUACUUCCACCCAAUGACCAACGCUGCCACCAUGGGGCUCCGACCUGACGACCUGCUGCGCUUCCUUAAGGAGACGGGACACGAGCCGGUCCUGGAGAGCUUUGAGUAGAAGGGAAAGUAAACUGGACCUGACUAAAGACUGGAAACAGGAGCAGCCUGCAGGGACUAAACCUGGAUCUGAACUCAUGUUAGAACAGAACAUGAAAACAACCAAAAUAAUCAAGCUGAGUGUUUAUUGAGACACUCAUCCACAAGCUUUUAUUUAAAACAAAAGGGGAACAUUUGUCUCCUUUCCUUUGAUUACAACUCUGAUGAAAAUAAUGUUCCUUUUCAUGUAUAGACAUGUGAGCCUCAGACGUUUUUUAUUCUGUUUCUAUGUAAUUCUGUUUCUAGCUCAGUAAACGACAACAGAUCCCACUGAA